GCCAAAUCUCGACCCGUCAGAAUGUCUCAGUCAGCACAUUCCUCCAGCGAGAAACGUCCAGCUUCUCUAUAACCAGGCGCUGUCACGUCUCACCAUGAUGCGCAGUAUAUUCCAUCCAACGCGAAAAUAUCCAUCUCCCGUCAGCCGGCAUGCGUGAGCGCCAAAUAAAGACGUUCAAGAGCCAUGUCCGUAUCUGCUUGAGCCGUGUGUUAGUCAUGACAUGCUCAUACUUGCAAACAACCAUCCUAAUGACUAUGAAUCGCUCUUUCAGCACUAUUCUGCUACAACCGCUGUGUGUUUAUAGAGCCUUGCACGUCAGCCGACUUAUGCUAGGCACUGGCGUGUGCUGCGCAGAAGGGAGAUACGUCUUUAUGUGGUGUGUCUGCGGGUUUUCUCUGUCGGUUGUGAAUGAUCAAGGGGCAGUGAGUGGCAGUUCGGUGGACGGGAUGGCCACAGAAGAUACUCGCGUACUGCUAUGUUAUUGUCGAUGGUGGAAAACUACAAAGCCUCGGUUGUGAGGUUGGCAUAGGAUUGCUUUUAUGGAUGGUUGCUUUAGAUGGGCUUUUGAGGACCUAUUUAUUAGCUUGGAUAGCCUGCU